UCCCAGCAUUCCAAUUGCUCUCCUAGAUACAUAAUUACCUUCAAUUCUAAUAAUUCUAAUAAUUCAAACUUGAACUUAUCAACCUUUCACCUUUCCAAUGUACAUAGUAGUGAGUGUAACAACAUCACUUUAGGACACCUCUGGGCGUAGAGUCUUCAACGACGACAACAACCUGUAAACGGUAGAUAAUUUCCUACCUGGUAGUCUUCAACAGACAUGCCUAAGUCGACGACGAUAGUCACGAACUCCUUUUACUCAUUCUCAUACUCGCACCCAUACCCGCACUCUCACUCUCACUCUCAUCCUCACUCUUAUCCUCAUAAUCUCACUGUUACACCUUGACAUCAUUUCCCCUUAUACAGCUCCUACUGUUGUUAUACAUAAUCCUCGCCAUGUCUUCCGUAACAUCGGAUACCGUAGAACAGCCGGUCCGCAUCGCCAUCCUCCUUAACUCGUACCGCUCCCGCAUCCUCCCCGCCAUCCGGGCCUCGUACGAGCGGACCAUCGGCGCCGUGGCCCCGGAGGCCAGGCUAGCCUUCUACGAGCCCGCUAACAAGGGCGAGUUUCCCGAUCCGGCCUACUUCGACCUCGUCGUUUUCGGCGGGUCCAAUGUCGAUCCCCGCAAGUCCCUCCCCUGGAUCUUGGAUGUCCACGACUUCCUCCGUCGCCUUGUCAUCCAUUUCCCCGAGAAGAAGGUCCUGGGCAUCUGCUGGGGUCACCAGACCAUCUCGAGGGUCUUUGGCGGCACGGUCGUCGAGGCUGCGCAUCCAGAAAUGGGCGUAGCCACCGUGAACCUCACAGAAGCCGGGCGGCAAUUCUUCCCGGAAGCCGCCGCCCUCGGCUCCUUCCAGCUGCAGCAGCACCACCGGCGCGAGGUCGCCCUGGCCCCCGCGGACUUCGUCCCGCUGGCCCAGGGCAGCCAGUGCCUGCUGAGCGCGAGCAACACGAUCCUGACGUUUCAGGGCCACCCGGAGAAGGACGCGCAGACAGCGCGCCUGCGCAUGCACGACUCGCUGCGCUGGUUCGGCUUCGACGCCGCGCUCGACGAGAAGGCCUGGGUGCGCCUCCAGGAGAUGAUGGACUCGCACCAUGAUGGUCCGGCUGUCUGGCGACGCAUAUUGGAUUGGGUAAACGAACCGCCGGUGCUGGGAACCGGGAUGGGGGAUAGGCUGAGUCGGAUCUAAGCUACCUGGGUAGCCUUAGUUCGGUGUUGAUCUGAUAAAGGACUUUAUGUUUCGGUUUUUUGUAUUAUAUGGGUCUUGUUAGGCGUGGAGCAAAGGCGAUAUCUUUGUGCCGCGCAUUAGUUUGUGGCAUUGGGUGUUAUUAUGUAGUGUUGAUAUAGAGGAAAGAGUGUAUGUCUACCUAGUAGGUAUCUAUAAGUGUCUAUGGAUAUCUAGUACAUAUAUAGGUAAGCAGUAUCAUAGAAAAUGUGAGCGGGUAGGUAGUUACAUAUAAGCAGUCCUCUUUUCUAU